CUAGCUCUCUAAAAGCUGGACGUGUUGCAUCUGCGUGGCACUUUUGGAAAAAGUUUGGCCAUGAAAUAAUCGAUUUAAAGCAUGGCCACUCUCUUCAGCUCUCUUUGGCUGCGUGAAUGCCACAUACACCUGGAGGUCAAUUGCUCCAUGUUAAAACGUCUCCGGUGAAGCCCAGUUAGAUGGCAAUUCCUGUGUACGGGGUCUGCAGAAUCAAAACGUUGUUGCUGCCAAAAGGAGGAGUUCCCAUCUUCCUCUUGCCCUUAUCUUGUGGGACCCUUUUUGAGCUGAUUGAACUCACUAAUCUGAAAGUCUAGUGAAGUAGCUCGUAGGAGGUCCUGACAAGGACCAGGGCCCUUGCAAAGGAAGGGGGAGAAGACCUCUCCUGACCAGCUCAACUGCUUGUGGAAAUGCAGCCUGGCUCUGUCAAGUUUUAUGUAGAAUACUUACUUGUCAUUGCAGGAAAUUUGUUAUUCAGUGCGAGCUGUCCUUUUGUUUUGUUUGAAGGAAUUUGUAUGCGGCGAUCAGCUUGGUGAAGUCUUGAUUUGCCUUCUGCCUGCUGCUAGCUGAUAAGCCCAACUUCUGUCUUGAGAAACAUCCUAGAUGAAUUUUUCCCUCGUACAGCGUUUGGAGUAUGGAAUUGAGCUACGGAGCUUGUUUUUGCAUUUAUGGGUUGACUUGUUUAUCUCAUCUUCUAAAUGUUUGUAGUCACAGAAGUCAUGUGGCUCAGGUGAAGGAAGACAGCCACUGUGCCUUUUUGGCUGGGAUAUGAUGGAGCUCCUGGAGGAAGAUCUCACCUGUCCCAUUUGCUGUAGCCUGUUUGAUGAUCCUCGUGUCCUGCCCUGUUCACACAAUUUCUGCAGGAAGUGUUUGGAAGGAAUACUCGAGGGAAAUGUGCGGAAUGUGCUUUGGAGACCGUCCCCUUUCAAGUGCCCCACAUGCAGGAAGGAAACUCCUGUUACUGGAGUCAACAGCCUACAAGUCAAUUAUUCUCUGAAAGGAAUUGUGGAGAAGUAUAACAAAAUCAAAGUAACUCCUAAAAUGCCUGUGUGCAAAGUGCACAGUGGGCAACCCCUUAACAUUUUUUGCCGGACAGACAUGCAGCUGAUCUGUGGGGUCUGCGCCACCCGUGGUGACCAUACGAAGCAUGUGUUUUGUUCUAUUGAGGAAGCCUACUCCCAGGAGAAGCGUGCGUUUGAAACCCUGUUCCAGGGCUUUGAAACAUGGCGUUGCGGAGAUGCGCUCUCCCGGUUGGAUACCUUAGAAACUAGUAAGAGGAAAGCUCUGCAGAUGCUCACCAAAGAUUCUGACAAGGUGAAAGAGUUCUUUGAGAAGCUGCAGCACACACUGGAGCAGAAACGGAAUGAGAUUCUCUCUGACUUUGAGACUAUGAAACUUGCAGUGAUGCAAGCCUAUGACCCGGAAAUCAAUAAACUGAACACAAUCCUGCAAGAGCAACGAAUGGCUUUUAACAUUGCAGAGGCCUUCAAAGAUGUGUCUGAACCCAUUAUAUUUCUGCAACAGAUGCAGGAAUUCAGGGAAAAAAUCAAGGUGCUCAAAGAAACCCCUUUACCUUGUUCCAAUGUAGACAUCAGCCCUACGAUGAAGAACUUUGAUACCAGCCAGUGGAAUGGAAUAAAACUAGUUGAUGUGGACAAGCUUUCCUUGCCUCAGGAAAACAACACUCUUAAACUCAAGAUUCCCUCAGUCUUUUCUUCCAGAUUUGUAGUGACCUCUCUUAUUUGCUUGCUUAUCCUUGCUGUCACCAGAAUGUCCUUUGUGGAGUCUGUGGUUGACAAUCUCCAGUGCUGGAAAUCUCAAUUCUUUACAAUUAGCUUGUCCUAUUUGGCAGAUACAGUGGAGAUAGCAGAUCAUGCAAUCUUUUACUGGGAACAGAUGACAGAUGGAGCUUCACUUUUAAGAGAAAAGUGUAAAAACUAUACGUUAGUGGUACUGGAUAAUGUUGCACAGUUUGUGUGCAAAUAUAAAUUGUUGUGAAGUCCCUACUGAAAUGUAAGAAAUAACACAGAUCUGGUGAAGAAAACAUAAAACUCUGU